UGGUCACUCACGUAUUUAAUGAUCAUCUCUUUUAUCCCAAGUCAUUGAAACACCCAUCUCUCUCACACAUACAAACACUCUCUCUCCCAAUCAUGGAUCUGAUCAAGCACACCCUUGUAGAAGUAAGAGGGCUAAAACUGCAUGUGGCAGAGAUUGGCACCGGUCCCAAGGUGGUGUUGUUCUUACAUGGAUUCCCUGAAAUAUGGUACACAUGGAGGUACCAGAUGAAUGCUGUUGCAGCUGCUGGUUAUAGAGCAAUAGCUAUUGAUUUUAGGGGCUAUGGGCUAUCUGAACAGCCAGCUGAACCAGAGAAAGGGAACUUCAUGGACCUUGUUGAUGAUGUUGUUGCCCUUCUUGAUACACUUGGCAUCAACAAGGUUUUUCUUAUUGGGAAGGAUUUUGGAUCUAUAACAGCAUAUCUAGUCGCUGUUGUGCACCCUGAGAGGGUUUCAGGUCUUGUGUCCCUCGGUAUUCCUUUCUUGCUACCAGGUCCUAAUUGUAUUCGAAAUGAUCUCAUGCCAUCAGGUUUCUACAUAACAAGGUGGCAGGAACCAGGUAGAGCUGAAGCAGAUUUCGGACGCUUAGAUGUCAAGACAGUGGUAAGAAACAUAUACAUUCUCUUUUCUGGAACUGAACCACCAACAGCUAGAGAUGACCAGGAAAUCAUGGACUUGGUUGACCCAUCUACUCCUCUGCCACCGUGGUUCUCCGAAGAAGAUCUUGCAGCUUAUGCGUCAUUAUACGAGAAGUCUGGAUUUCGUUUUGCAUUACAGGUUCCUUACAGGUCUUUAGGCAUAGAUUGUGGAAUUACCGAUCCAAAAGUUACAGCACCAACAUUACUGAUCAAUGGCCAGAAGGACUAUCUCCUAAAGUUUGCAGGUAUGGAGGACUACACAAAAAGUGAGCAACUGAAGCAUUUUGUGCCGGAUUUGGACAACGUGUUCCUUGAUGAAGGGAACCAUUUUGUUCAUGAGAAUCUCCCGAAGCAGGUGAAUGAGCUGAUCAUUAACUUCCUAAGCAAACAUUGUGACUGAAGAUUAUAUUCUAUGACCAUUUCAAUUGUUACGAUGGUUUCCAGCUGGGAUAUAAAGUGCCUUGCAACUUGUGGUUUGCUGAUAUGUUGUAUAGAACUAUGUUUGAAAUAAGAUUUUUUUCAUCUUUAA